UAAAAGGGAAUACUCGGCUGUACGAUGGUUUAUAGCAUGUAUAAGAGAGAAAACGUGAAGUUUUCUUAGGAUAGUUAAACAAUACUGAAUGAAUAACGAAUUAUGUGUUUCAUGCUGUAGUUCGGUUCAUUGACAUUAUUUUUGUUGAAUUAUCGUACUACCCCCAUUGAAAACAGUUUGAAAAAUUACAAUCGAUAAUUAUAAUAUUCAUUCGGUGGUUAUUGAAUAGGACAAAAAACGCGUAAAAGUUCGCGUAGCGUGUAGAAUGGAUCAUCGUAAUCGAUUGAGCAUUAAAAAAUAUUUAAAUUGUACCAUGGAUUCGAUACAAUUCAAUGUAAAUUAAACGACACCGGCAUCCGCGUAUUUUUCGUACAGUGAAUCUUCUUUUAAACAUGUGAUAUUUUUGUUCUCGACACUCUUUCGAACAAUACAUUUAAAUAAUGGUGUUCUGGAUUGUUACUCUGGUAGCAAUCAUUUUGCAUUUCAGUUCUGUGCACACCAAACCAGAAUCUCAGGGUUAUUGUGCACCAUAUAGUGGAAAGAUUUGCAAGAAGUAUUUAGCCGGCAUCGGAAAAGUAUGGUUCAAUGAUUCUAACAAUAAUCCCGGAGGAUUGUUGAACGAACAGAUUACAACCAAUUUGUGGGAAGAAUUGAUACAAAAACUUUAUGAGCCAUGUCGUUCGGCGGCAGAGAAAAUGCUGUGUAUGUAUGCUUUUCCACAAUGUCAUAACUCGAUUGGCCUGCCAUUAUGUUACGAAGAUUGUAUGGCAGUAAGGCAUCAAUUCUGUUUUAAUGACUGGGCGAUGAUAGAGGAUAACAAGCAGAGGGAGAUUUAUAUCAGAUCACGGGGACAUUUUACAUUGCCAGAAUGCGAAUUGUUACCAAAAGUAGUGGCAGGAAAAAUGAUCUGUUCCCACAUUCAUUUAACCGAUAUGAACCAAGACCAUGUUACAUACGACUGUGUUAAAGGAAAUGGUAGAUUUUAUUUGGGUAAAGUAAAUAAAACAAAGUUUGGCUUAGAUUGCCAAUCAUGGAAUGCACAAAUGCCACACAAUCAUGACAGACCGCCGGACGUCUUCCCUCAAAUUCGUAAUGGAAAAAACUAUUGUAGAAAUGCGGGUGGAGACGAACCAAUGCCAUGGUGUUUCACCAUGGAUCCUCAAAUACGAUGGCAACAUUGUGAUAUUCCUAUAUGCGAUAACGUAACGAGUAAGGUACUGGAGAUCGAUCCAAAAGAUUUAACUAUGGAUACAUUGUUUACUCCAAUGUUCAUAUUGAUUCUAUCUUCAUUGGGGUUUUUAAUUAUAACUGGAACCGUAUUAUCAAUUAUUUUAAGUCAUAGACUGCACAAACGACAUCAAGGAUAUAACCCAACAAAUAACCAGUAUGUCACUAUUGAUUUGGACAAACUGCCAAGCAACAAUGCAUACCACAAGACAAGCGCGCAGCUUAAUCCGAAAUUGGAGAAACUUGAAUUUCCAAGAAACAACGUUAUAUACGAGCGAGAUUUAGGACAAGGUGCUUUCGGUAGAGUGUUUCAAGCGAAAGCGCCUGGUCUUGUUCCAGGCGAAGAGUUUACAAACGUUGCCGUUAAAAUGCUCAAAGACGAAGCAUCAGAGGAUCUGCUGAAGGAUUUCGAGCGCGAAGCGUGUCUACUUGCCGAAUUUGAUCAUCCGAACAUCGUCAAACUAUUAGGCGUAUGCGCAUUGGGUCGACCAAUGUGUCUUCUGUUCGAGUAUAUGGGCCGCGGUGACUUGAACGAAUUUCUACGAUCUUGUUCACCGGGUAAUUACAUCAUUCGAAGCUUAGAAAGGGACGAACACUUCACUGACUCGCGUUUAUCGCACAUGGAUUUAAUCAAUAUCGCGUUACAAGUAGCAUCCGGAAUGGUGUACUUGUCGGAUCGUAAAUUCGUCCAUCGGGACCUCGCGACGAGAAACUGUUUGAUAAAUGACCAAAUGAUUGUGAAAAUAGCGGACUUUGGAUUGUCGCAGAAGAUCUAUUUGCAAGAUUAUUACAAAGGUGACGAACAAGACGCUAUUCCAGUUAGAUGGAUGCCUCUGGAGAGCAUACUGUACAAUAAGUACACCGUCGAAUCCGACGUAUGGGCAUUUGCGGUGUGCUUAUGGGAGAUAUUUAGCUUCGCGCUACAGCCUUAUUACGGAAUGACCCACGAGGAAGUUGUAAAAUACAUUAAAGAAGGCAAUGUUCUUCAAUGUCCCGAAAACACGCCGCAAGCGAUAUAUGAUCUGAUGAAACUCUGUUGGAACAGGAGACCAUCGGACAGGCCUGCUUUCAGAACAAUUUACAAUACUCUUGACACCAUAAAGCAUAAUUUGGAGGCAGAAAAUAAGUCGGACAGUGUACCGUUGCGUAUCCACGUUUGAGUCUGAUGACAAUUUGCACUAGAAAGGAACUCGAUUAUUCGUACGAUUAAGGAAUAAGUGAUAUUUACGCGGAGAUAAAGGUAAGUGAAUGAUAAAUUGUACCUACGUGUUGCGCGUAAU